CAGCCGCCCCCUCGGGCCCGAGCAGUGCCCAGCGGCGCGCGUUCGCGUCUGCGCAGUGGCGCGCGUUGGGCGGCCGCGGCCGCGGACGAGGGCGCGCCGCCGAGAGGAGGCUGCCCUAUGCAGUUUGCCCGCCUGGCGCGAAGCCGCGCGGCCCUGGCGCCGGCGGCGCUCCUGGGCCAGCACCUCGGCCACCGGGGCCAGCCGGCGACCUGCCACGAGGAAAGCAGCUCCUCGAGCAGCGGAGUGGCCCCGCUGCUACGGGUCUCGUACAUGUCCACAAUGCGCGGCGAUGCGGCGUCGGCCAGAAAGGACAUCGAGAGGAUCGUGGAGCAUUCCAUCCCCGCCAACCAGAAGGCCCAGCUGUCGGGGCACAUGUGCUACGACGCGCGGCUGAAGACCGUGUGGCAGGUGAUCGAGGGGCGGGGGGACCUCGUCACCGAGAAGUGGAAGAGGAUACGAGCUGACGCCCGUCAUGCCAUCGACGAGGACACGGUCAGCGUCGAGCCGGUGGAGGACCGGAGAUAUCCCGUCGGGUGGGGCUUGCGGUUCACCACCUUCGACGACGCGUUGCCUAUCUCGCCGAGGGCGAGCGAAAUUGGCGGCCGCAAGCACGAGGUCGAGGUGCGCGACGGCCAGCUGAUGCAGCUGGCGUACAAGUCCACGGUGGUGGAGCACCACGGCGAGGAGAUGCACACGAUCAAGAAGGUUGUCCCGCACGCGAUGCUGAACAAUGCCAAGAAGAGCAUCACUGGGUGGAUGCUCUACAACGACCGGACGCUCACCGUCUACCAGAUCCUGGAGGGGCCGAGGGACGCCGUGGAGGGCCUCUGGAGCAGGAUAAGCCAGGACCCCCGCCACGUAGUCAUCGCGGACAGCGUUCACAGGCGGACCAUCGACUUCCGAGAGUUUCCGAACUGGUCCAUGGCCAUGGACGAGGUCGAGCAGCCAGCGUGGGCCACGCAGGGGUACUGA